AUGUCAACACAACAAUCGACGACUGAAAAUAACAAAUCCUUGACGUAUAAGGUUGGCGAGAGAUGUCUCUGUUACCAUGGGCCUAUGAUUUAUGAAGCGAAGAUAUUGAAAGCUCAAAUGUACGAGGAGAAACACCCAGAAUCUAAUGAGACAGGGCCCCAUUAUUUGAUUCAUUAUAAGGGGUGGAAAAACACUUGGGACGAAUGGGUAGUUGAAUCACGUGUAUUGAAAUACAAUGAAGCCAAUCUUAACAAACAAAAGCAGUUAAAAACCGCUUUUUCGCAAAACAAAAAUAAAGCCUCGUCUGGUGCCGCUUCGUCGACAGGAUCGAUCACAUCAACACCCGGAAGGAAAAGUGCAAUAGAUUCUGCUUAUGGAUCUCCAGAGAAGGGCAAAAAGAGAAAGCGAGAAAUGUUUGAUAAGAAUGAUCUUAUUAAACGUCAAAAACUCGCACUUUUUGAUAUACCUGAGCCAUUAAAAGCUCUACUAGUGCACGAUUGGGAAUGCAUUAAUAAAUCUCACAUGUUGGUACCUUUACCACGGAGUCCAACCGUUCAAAUUAUAAUUGAUGACUAUAGGCAUCAUUUGCAAGAGAGGCGGGGUGAAAUCGGUGAUGAAAAGGAAGAAGUACUAAAAGGCGUCAAGCUAUACUUCAAUAAAUCAUUGGGUGGACGUUUAUUGUAUCAGGACGAACGUGAACAGUACCGUGAGAUGCGAAGUAAAUACGAGGCAGCUGCUGAUAUUUAUGGAGCGGAACAUUUGUUAAGAUUAUUUGUUACAUUUCCUGAAAUUUUAAAUCAAACGCUGCUUAACGAUGAGAUCUUGGAAAUGUUAAAGGAGUUAAUAGUGGAUUUUAUAAAGUAA